ACAAAAAAUAUAAAUUUAAUUGAAACUAUGGCUGAUUUCGGAGGAGACUCAGGUGGUCGGCUCAAGGGCGUCACCAUUGUCAAGCCCAUUGUGUAUGGGAACAUCGCGCGCUCCUUUGGCAAAAAACGUGAGGAGGACGGACACACGCACCAGUGGAAGGUCUAUCUGAAGCCUUACUUCAAUGAGGACAUGUCCAUUUACGUGAAGAAAGUGCAUUUUAAGCUGCACGAGAGCUAUGCGAACCCUAAUCGCAUUGUGGUCAAGCCCCCAUACGAGGUCACGGAAACCGGCUGGGGUGAGUUUGAGGUUGUUAUUAAAAUCUACUUCAAUGAUCAGUCGGAGCGGCCGGUGACCUGCUACCACAUCCUGAAGCUCUUUCAAUCGCCCGUCGUUGAUGGCGAGCUGACCUCCACCACCACAAUGGACACCAAGAAGGGUCUUGUAUCGGAAUCGUAUGAAGAAAUCGUCUUCCAAGAGCCAACCCAGGUCAUGCAGCAUUAUUUAAUGCUCUCGGAACAAAGCUCCAAUGGACUGCUUAGCCAUGACACAGACUUUGAAGAAAAGAAGACUAAAACGCUGGACAACAUUGUCAAUGUAAAGAAGAAAGUUAAGGGAGAGAUUCUAACACUCAAGGACAAGCUGAAGCUUGCACGGGAAACCAUCUCGAAAUUUAAGGCGGAAUUGGCUAAAGUGCAAAAGGCACCUACGUAAUACCUGCAUCUCCAUGCGACCAUGUUUUGGCGAAGAAUUUAAUGAGAAUAAAUUAAUAUGAUAAAUUAUAUAAAUAUA